AUGGGAAUCGUUCGUAGCCGUCUGCACAAGCGGAAGAUCACCGGUGGAAAGACCAAGAUCCACCGGAAGCGCAUGAAGGCUGAGCUUGGCCGUCUUCCCGCUAACACGAAGCUCGGUCCUCGCCGCGUCAGUCCCGUGCGUGCCCGCGGUGGUAACUUUAAGCUCCGCGGCUUGCGUCUCGACACCGGCAACUUCGCGUGGGGAACUGAAGCUUCUGCCCAGCGUGCUCGUAUUCUUGACGUUGUAUACAACGCUACAUCUAAUGAGCUUGUGCGUACGAAGACGCUCGUUAAGAACUGCAUUGUGGUUGUGGAUGCAGCGCCCUUCAGGCUUUGGUAUGCCAAACACUACGGUAUCGACCUUGGCGCUUCCAAGUCGAAGAAAGCUACGCAGAAAUCGACAGAAAAGAAGUCCAAGAAGAGUGCUCACGCCGCUGUUGAAAAGUAUGACGUGAAGAAGGCGUCCAGCAAGCUGAAGCGCAAGUGGGAAUACCGGAGGAAGCACCACAAGAUUGAGAAGGCAUUGGCUGAUCAGUUGCGUGAGGGUCGUCUUCUCGCCCGCAUCACGAGCCGCCCAGGUCAAACUGGCCGUGCGGACGGUGCGCUUCUGGAGGGCGCUGAGUUGCAGUUCUACCUGAAGAAGCUCGACAAGAAGAAGCGUUAG